AUGCGCUCUCCCUCCCUCUCUCUCCGUCAGUGUCAUUCUGUAGUGGAGAUGUGGAGUGUCUUUCUGUCUCUCUGUUUGUUUUUCCAGCCUAAUUCAGCUGAGGAAGUGAUGCUGCUGGACACAACAGAGUCUACCUCAGAGCUGGGCUGGACCACCUAUCCAGACACGGGGUGGGAUGAGGUCAGUGUCCUGGACGACCGGGGGAAGCUCAUACGAACCUUCGAGGUCUGCAAUGUCAACCAAAAUCCCCGUCUUCAAGACAACUGGUUGGCUACGCCCUUCCUGUAUCGCCACUCUGCUCCACGGGUGUUUGUCACGUUGCGUUUCUCGGUGCGAGACUGCGCCAGCCUGCGGUCACCGUCGCCCACCUGCCGAGAGACGCUCACCCUGUUCUACAAGCAGGCCGACAGCCAGAGAGAGCUGGAGAGGACCUGGGUAGCUGAGCCAUCCAGCGGGGAGAGGGAGACCAGGGAGGGCUGGGUUAAGAUUGACACCAUUGCAGCUGAUAAGAGUUUCUCCAAGGUGGAGCCCAGUUCACCGCACCAGUAUCAGCCCAACAGAUACAGCCGAAUCAACAUCAAGACACGCAGUUUUGCCCCACUAACACGCAAUGGAUUCGUCCUGGCUAUUGUCGACAGUGGAGCUUGUGUUUCCCUCAUGGGUGUGUCUAUCUUCUACCGGCGCUGUCCAGCCACCAGCCUGUAUUUGGCAUCCUACCCGGCGACUCCGUCAGGGGUGGAGCCGACUGCCUUAGUUCCCGUGAGCGGGACAUGCGUCCCUCACAGUAAGGCACAGGGAGGAACGCCCCCUCGUAUGCAUUGCAAUGCUGAAGGGGAGUGGAUGGUUCCUGUUGGAGGAUGUGUCUGCGAUGAAGGCUAUGAGCCAAAUCUCAAUGGAUCUGCUUGCUUGGCUUGUCCAGUGGGCUACUUCAAGUCCGUCUCGGGCUCUGUUCCCUGCUCGGUGUGUCCCUCCAACAGCAGAACCAGCCAGGAGGGAUCGACUGUGUGUGAAUGCCGCAGCAGCUUUUAUCGAGCCGCCAAUGAUGCCAACUCUUCUGCCUGUACAACUCCUCCAUCUGCUCCGGUCUCUCUGUCCUGGGAGUAUGAGAGUGGUGACGGCGGGGUGUCCCUACGGUGGCGCCCUCCAGUGGACAUGGGAGGCCGCAGCGAAGUGUGGUAUGGGGUGGUGUGUCGCAUUUGUCCCUCAGCCACCUUCACCAACCCGGCGUCAUGCUCCUGGUGUGGGGAAGGCGUCACCUUCAGCCCCUCCCAGACGAACCUGAAACAAACUAAGGUCACCCUCAACAACCUGCUGACCAGAGUCACUUAUCUGAUACAGGUGCAAGCCAUGAAUGAGGUGUCAGCUUUGAGUCCUUUUCCAGCCCGAUACACAAGCAUCAAUUUCACUACGAGCCAGUCAGUUCCCAGCACAGUUCCCAUAAUGCACCAGCUGAGCCGAGCCCCAGACUCCAUCACUCUCUCGUGGCCUCAGCCAGACAGGCCCAAUGGAGACAUCCUGGAGUACCAGCUUAGAUACUACGACAAGGGUUCAGAUGUGGACAGUGCUGCUACUGUGUACAGUGAGACCAACACGGUGACUGUCAACUCUCUGAUUCCCGGCUCCAUCUACGCCUUCCAGAUCAGAGCUCGAAAUGAACGAGGCUACGGCCCCUACGGCAACACCAUCUACUUCACCACUCUGCCUCUGGAGGAACACUCUCAGCAGAUCCAGAAUCGACUUCCUCUGCUGGUCGGGUCAGUGAUGGGUGGAGCAGCAUUUCUCCUGGUGGUGGCAGCGAUUGUGGUUGUGGUGGUAUUUCGCAGCAAGAGGAGGGAGAGUCCGUACAGCGACAGACUCCAGAGGUACAUCAGUAACCGAGGUGGCGUCAAGUAUUACGUGGACCCAUCCACUUAUGAGGACCCCAGCGAGGCUGUCAAAGAGUUUGCUCGUGAAAUAGAUCCCACUCACCUCAAGAUCGAAGAGGUGAUUGGUGCAGCCCAGUUUGGGGAGGUCUCUCGAGGCCGAUACCGUCCGCUGGGUCGCAGGGAGGUGCUGGUAGCGGUGAAGACUCUACGCUGGGGGGCGUCCGACAGAGAGAAGGGGAUGUUCCUCAGUGAAGCAGGGGUCCUGGGACAGUUUGACCACCCCAACGUACUGAAAUUGGAGGGCGUGAUAACUCGUAGCCCCCCGGAAAGGAUAAUCACUGAGUUCAUGGAAAACGGGCCCCUCGAUGCCUUCCUUAGGGAGAACGAGGGCCAGUUUAGCGUCCUCCAGCUUGUUGGGAUGCUGAGAGGAAUCGGUGCAGGGAUGCGUUACCUCUCUGAAAGAAACUUUGUCCACCGGGACCUGGCAGCUCGGAACGUGUUAGUUAACUCCAACCUGGUCUGUAAAGUCUCCGACUUCGGCCUAUCCCGACUCAUGAGGGGCCUGGACCACAACAUACCUACAUACACUGCCUCACUGGGAAGCAAGAUUCCUGUGAGGUGGACGGCACCAGAAGCCUUUCAGCAUCGCAAGUUCAGCUCAGCGAGUGAUGUCUGGAGCUUUGGCAUACUUAUGUGGGAAGUAAUGUCAUAUGGAGAACGUCCAUACUGGGACAUGAGCAAUCAAGAGGUGAUGAAGGCGGUAGCAGACCAGUAUCGUCUCCCUGCCCCCCACAACUGCCCCCCUGCCCUCCACUCUCUGAUGCUUCAGUGCUGGCAAGCUGAUCGAGGGGACCGGCCAGGCUUCGACUCACUCCUGUCGUCCUUGGACCGGCUCAUCAGGCACCCUGCCUCCCUCAAGGCGGAGCCAACUCGAAGCUGCUCUCAGCCGCUGCUCAGCCCCACCCCCACAGACUUAUCGUCAGUGGCGACAGUCAGUGAUUGGCUGAAAGCGCUGAGGAUGGAGAGAUAUCAGGAUGAGUUUGACCAGGCACACCUGGACACAUUAGACAGAGUCAGCAUGCUCACCAUGGACGACGUCCAGAAUAUCGGGGUGAACCUGCUGGGACACCAGAGGAAGAUCGUCAGUGCAGCCCAGCAGCUCAGGGCCCAUCUGACACAGGGACAGGUGGAGGUGUGAAAUCCACCUACAUUACAAUCUGUGCAAUGGAUUCCUGUGGUUUUCACAUUCCUCUGCUUGUUGUGUCUGGUUAAGAACACUCAUUUUGAUGGAGCACAUUUCAAACCAAAACAGAAAGAGAAAAAAACUUUUCAGAGCCACCCUGUGUAUUCUGAUAAACCCCACACUACAAUCAGAAGGGGUGAAAAAAUGAAGAUCGGACAUCCUGACAGUCACUAACAACAAACACCAGAGCAGAGAUGCACAGUGGGAGCAGCAGUCCAGGUCAAAGUGAGGUUAGGGAGUUGCUGAGGAGAAGAUUCCUCUAUGAUUUGUUUUUCACUAGAUUUCACUAUAUUGUUGUUUGCCUUCUUUGCUCCUCACCCAUCUGCAAUCCUACCUCUCACUUUCUCAUCCACAACCGUCUCUCCCAUGAAAAGAUUCAAGCAGCUCCCCCUCAGUGAGUAAAAAAAAAAAAAAAAAAAAAAAAAAUGCCUUUUGUUAAAAUAUUCAUGGAGAUCUCUCCACAUAAAGAAUUGCGUGAGGACAAUCAAAGCCUUUUUCUGAUAUUUUUUGAGUUGUUUAUAAAGUUAUAUCACUUUCUCUCUACUUAAAAUGCCAAAUGCUAAAACCCUUUUAGCAAAAAAGAAAACAGUGUACUACCCAGCAGCCUGUGGUUCGGCUUAUGAGGUAUUACCAUUAGCUUUCAGAAACAUGUACAGUUUGUUUAAUGUCCCAACAAAAUGCCAUAAAUUACAAGUCCAAAACCACCAGUACUGCAAACCCUGCAGCUGGAUAUGAAUCACAGCCAUGAAAUUGGGAAAACAAAAAGGAAAGAAAAAGAUGCUUUUAAAAACUGUAAGCCAUGUUUUCCCUUUUUAAAAGCAAACAUAUCCAGGGUUUGAGAGCAGCCCUGUUUGUACAGCUCACUCUCACUCUCUCAGAGACAACAGAGCUCAUGUACUGUGAUACUGCAAACUUCACCUCAGCUGCAAACACAAACGUCCAUCUGUGCACAAAGACAGAACUGAACAGCACCCACCUUUACGUGUACCUUCCACACUUCACCUCGUUUUGUUUGAUUGCAAGAGUAAAGACACAGUUGACACAGUGAGUCGCUGAUGCAUUGUGAAUGUGUGAAAUGGGAAAGAUGGACAAAGUCUGAUUUACACUUGAAGGAAGGAGGCAAAAUGCUUUGUAAGUAUGUACCUGUGUGUUUGUAACAUGUGCUGUAAAUGAGGCUGUGUUAAUGUGUACAUGCUGUACAUGACGCUGUUUGUGUGUGUGUGUGUGUGUGUGUGUGCGUGCGUGCGCGUGUGUACGUGUGUUUGAGACACGUGUGUCAGGCUACACACAUUAUUAGCUGUGUUGACUUGUACGAGUGUUCACCAAUACUCCAUAAUUGUGCAGAUUUGUAAAAUAAAUGAUAUGAUUUUAUUUAAAA